GUUUUGAGUGAAUUGUACUCGUGUACGGUUAUGUGAAAUUUUGUCGGCGCUGAUUUCGAGUAAGUUGUUUUUUGUGUAAAAUUGUUGUUCUGUAAAUAAAUACCGAAAAGUGUAUUGGGUAAAAAUAUUUACCUGCGAAUGGUGUAGGUACAAUAAGAAAAAAGAAAUAUGGUGAAUAAUAAUAGCACGUUUAUGUUUGUUAUUAGUGAGUUUUAAUGCGAAUCCAGCUAAAAACAAUUAAUGAAAUCAAUUCGCCUGCAGUGUGUAAGGAAACCAAAGUUCGUCUGUGUAUUGUUAAGCAUUUUUAAAUGAAUUAUUAAAUACACAAACACAAGUGCCAGUGGUGAACAAACCUUAAGUAUAAACAAGGUUAAAACGAGAAUACAUGAAUUUAACAAAAUGUGUUACUUUUGCGAAUAAAAAAAUGGAAAGCAACUUGAAGAUAAUGCUGAGGUGAGCAAACAAAACGAAGUGAAUUGGUUUUGUGUGUUUAUAAAAGUGUUUUGAAGCGUUUAAAAUGCAAUCAUAUAAAUUUAACAAAGUGUCGAUGAGCACUGUGUGUGUAUAAUGUGUAUAAAACGUAGUGAAAGUUGAGCAAAAAAUAUGGUUUUUUGUAGUGCGGCAAAGUAUACAGAGCUUGUAGUAGUGUAGUUAAAUAGAAGCAACAAUAAACCACGAUAAAAAAAUUGUAUUACAUUGAUCAACAAGAAAUACACAAAACGGAAAUAAAAAUCGUUCGUUUGUGUAAAUUUCAAAGCAAUAAUAUUUUGGAAUAAAUCAGUUAUUUUUGUUUUGGCGCAAAAAGGAGUAUUUCAAGGAUAUUAACAUAACAAUAGUAUUUAUUGAACAAGAUACAUUUGCUAAUUUCCUCAAGAUGCCAGUCGCAGUAUCAGCCAUCUGCUCCACGUGUCGACGUCUAAGGACAACCUGCGAAUAGUUGGUUAUGUAUUAAAACAAAAAUGACUUCUAAAUGACUGCCACCCUUAAUUGCAACUGGAACUGAUUGAUAUUUAAAGCAAAGCAAGAGCUGUGAGCAGCCAAGUGAAAAUGGAUUUAUAAACUUGUCGAACAGUAAAACAUUCAAAAUCUCAUAUCCUCCUAACAUAAAUUUAGACUAUCCAACGAAAAACUCUUUUGAUACUGCAUAUCUAUGUACGACUAAAUCACCGGUGUCUCCCUCAACAGACUUGCAAUACUCAUUUCACUACACACAUACAUACUCAACGCACGCACAAUGAAUUCCGUAAUAUCCGCGUUUAAAACGAAAAAGAACACCGGCAACAGUGCUGCAGCCAGUGACAAAACCGCCACCAGCAGUAACACGCUGAGCGUAGCCAAUGUAGUAAGCGCGAAAAAGAAGGCUGCCGCCAUCAGUGCACAGGACAAUGGUUAUCAGUACCUGCGACAUAUACGCGAAAUUGAAUCUGCAACCAAGAUGCUGUCGCCUGUGGUUGUAGUUGACGACUUCCGACCGCCUUGUGUCGAUGUGGUCGAUCAUGCACCCGCCACGGUACGUCUGUUGGAUACAACACUACCUGCCUCCGACUAUAAUAUGAAUGGUGGCGCCAAGUGCGCGACGUUGAAUGGUGGCGGAGUGGUUAGAAUGUGCACAACAACUACAUCGACCGUAGCAAAUCUCGAAAAUGGCAAUUGCAAUGAGGCCAACAGCACCAGCAACAUACCCGCCAGCAAGACUGCGUUAACAAAUGGGCAGACAUUUAGUCCACCAACGCCUGGUAGUCCGCUACUCGAUGGCGACGAUGAUGAGUCAGAACAUUCAAAUGCAGCAUGCACGAGCAGCUCCAGUGAGCAUAGUAAUAGCACAGUGGUGCAUAGUCCAACGAGUGUGACGCGUGCGGGGACGGGCACGACAGUUGUAGCGCACACACAGCAGCAGCAGCCCAGUCCUGCGAAAAGUCUGCGCAGUAAUUCCUCAACGUCAUCAUCCUCCUCCUCCACCUCCGCCACAUCGUCCGCUUCAAGCACAUCAGCAACUUCAUCGAUUGCCACCGCCGCUAUCUGCAAUUCAGGACUAAGUUCGUGCAGCUCAUCUACCAGCUGUGACGUGACUACGUUAGCCAAUAAUACCGCCUCGCCACAUAAUUCCACGCUAACAUUAUCAUCCACGACCAGCAAUGGCACAGGUUGCAGUGGUGACGCGGCUGAUGUUGCCGUCGCUCCUCACUCGCCCACAGAUCAGUUGAUCAACAACUCGAGCGCCACGGAUGAGGAUUAUGUGCCUGCCUUUCUCAAGUCAGCGCCCGUCACAUUGCCUAUCAUAAUGCCGAAUGGCAACAGCAGCUUGGCAUCGAUGCCACCACACUUUCAGGGUUACGGCAUGAAUGGCGGCUGUGUGGGCGUGGGUGUGGGUAUGUGCGGUGGUACGCCCGUAAACUCAGCGUCGACUACACCGAAGCAUGUGCGUUAUCCCAAACCACGUCUCAGUUUGAGUCGCUUCAUCAAUCAUUCAAUGCCGUCGGUGCAUGGCAGACCGAAUCUGAGCGUGGCAGGCGGCGCGGCGACAGCGAUUGCGGCAGCAGGCGGUGCAGCGGGCACAAAUCCGCCUAAGCGCAUUUCGACGCAUCAGCGGAAUUUGAGCUUGGAUUUUAGGUCAAUGGGCAUUUUAUUGCCACCCGUCUCGCAGGUGACCAAUACACGCAUUAACUUAACACAGCAUCAUCGAAAUCGUAGUCUGGACAGCGCUUUACAGCGCAUACCGGAGGUUGAAGUUUCAUCACCCAAUUCGGAGAGUGAGAAUACAUUCUGCACACCAUCCAUUUUGGGCACUACUAUGUGCUCGAAAAUCGUCACGACUGCAGCAAAUGUAACAGCCGCCUUAACGACUACAACAACACCAGCGCUGACGUCAUCGUUGACACCUUCACCUUCACCGCCACCACCAUCAUCAUCAUUGCUAGCCACCCCUGCACGAGUGUCGACCAUAACAGGUGGUUUAAUGGACUCCACAUCGGUUGGCCCCAUUGCAGCUAUGACCACAGAGCCCACAGCAAGCAAUAGCAAUAACAUCAAUAGCAUUAACAACAUUGGCUGUAGCAGCAGUGGUGUGGUUGGUGUUGCUGGUGGUGGUGCCAUAGCAGUUGUCGAGUCCUGCCCAACGUUGCGUGUACGUCCGAAAUCGAGUGAGGCAUCUGCGGCACGUUGUGGUGUGACGCCGUCGCUUGCAGGUGCGGCAUCCUGUAGUAAUCACAACAACGGCAACAAUAACAACACAAGCAGUAACAACAGCAGCGGCAGCAGCAGUAGCAGUAAGAAACGUGAGGACCUCACCAGUCUUGGUUCGGAUGAUUCAGGCAUAAUUUGUGGUUCCGACUCGGAUCAGCUUUCCCUCAAUCGCAUUCGACACUCGCACGAGUCAUUGGACUCGGGUGAAAUGGACGCCGAGGAGGAAUGCAUUGAUAUGCUCGAAACGACUUCGAUGGACGAGGAGUAUGGUAUACUGCAUUCGGAUUUGAUUUUUUAUCAAUCGGCCGAAACAGACUGUCGCACCUUACGGCCGUCGCGCAAACAAAAACAAAUGCAACAACAGCGUGGACACAACAAACAACCGCAAAAUGAGCUCAGCGAUGCGGAUAUUAUCGGUGCCGCCGCUAGUGGUGACAGUGAUGGCGACAUCGAUGCCAAGGCAGCAGCACAGCUUUCAGAACGUAUGCGUUAUCGUGAAUUGAAUAUGUCACAGGCCGCGCUGAAUUUGGAGCGUGCAAAUAAUGAUACACCUACAGAGCUGGAUGCCGAUCUGGCUACACCCACAGCUGAUACGGUGGACGCGUCAACACCAAUUACAAUGCAGCCGAACACAGCAUCAAACAACGUAGCCGCACAAGUGACACCGGCAACAAAGGCGCAAAAGCCCGCAGAAGCCACAAGUAGUACUGCUGCAGCUGCGGAACCACCAAAGAAGAGCUUCUUUGGCGCCACUAAGAAUGCCAUUUUUCGCACCGCACAAAGUAUACGGGAGAAUCACGAGAAAAAGAAUGCAGCAAAGAAUAAAAUUGAUGAGAAUGCUGCCGGCAAUAGUGGUGGCGCUGGUGCAGCACCAGACCAGGUGAAGUCACCAACUGAUAUUUCCAAGAAGAAGGAGUUCUUCAGCUUAAUCACAUCGAAUCCUAUUAAAAAAGCAGCCGCGGCUGCAGCAGCUGCGGCGGCGGCAGCUACAUCGACGCAGGCAUCCGCUGCGAAUACGCCAACGGCUACACCUUCAGCUGACACGACGCCAGUUGAGCCGAAAUUCCCAACACUGAUGGAAAAUGCGGAAAAGAAAAAAGAGUGUACUAUUGGUGCUACGGAAUGUGUGGAACGUACACUUAACCUUCCCCUACCCGGCCUCGGCGCUUCCCCCUCGUCCACUGCAAUUACAAAAUCUUCUUCCAUCUCUUCGCUAAAUAAACUAAAAGUGCCAGGUGUGGUAAAGUGCUUCAUCAAGGAGCGUCCGACCAACAACGAGCAAACGCAAAAGACUGAAAAAGGUCCCAGUGGACUGCUGAGAUUUUUCGAAUCUCCCGUCUUCAACAUACACUUUGCUAUACACUAUCUAUUCUAUUCGAAAGAACCCGGUGUGCUCAGUUUUAUUGGCAAUAAAAUAUUCAGUUUUCCCGACCAAGAGGUAGAUCUUUACAUGCCACAACUAAUCGUUAUGUACAUACAAAUGGAUGAGCUGGCCGAAGUGCUCGAUCCGUACUUGACAAUACGUUGUCGUAAGUCUGUCGAUUUUUCAUUGAAAUGUCUUUGGCUGCUGGAGUCCUAUAACUAUCAGUUCGACUCAUUGGGUAACGGCACACGUAAGUCACAGUUGGCACUGCUAAAGGAAAUCUUUUCAAAAAAGGAACGCAAAGUACUGAGUAAAUCGGAUGCUAAGGAUCUGCCUCCAGCUGUGGGUGGGACUGUGGCGGUCGCAGCAGUAUCACCGCUCACGAAAAAGACACAUCAUCGCUCGCAAUCCGACGCCACGCUAUUAUUCAGUGAUUCACGUCGCCACCCCUCAUCGAUCACAUUAAGCAUAUCAAAUCGUCAUUAUCAACAGCCGCCAUACACUACACAAACGCUACCGCUGAUACCGCCCAAGCUGUGUCUUGGCGAUCUAACGUCGGGUCGGGCAUUCGACAAUGGCUGCACCUGCUUCGACAGCGUACGUGGACAGGUCAAUGGCUUGUUGGGCCAGAAAACUGUUUGCUCAUGCAACGCACCCAAAACCGCACCCGAGAAGGAGUUCAUGAAAGCACUCAUUAAUGUGGGUAAAAAUAUCACAUCGCUACCGUCCAAGGCGGAGAAAACCUCAGCGCUACGCAUGUUCUUGAACCUGAUCAAUAAGAAUUUACCGGCACGCGUCUGGUUGCCCGUAUUUUCCGACAUUCCACAUCAUGUAGUGCGCAUAACAGAGGAAAAGACUGCGGUGCUCAAUUCCAAGGAUAAGACACCGUACAUUAUUUACGUAGAAGUGGUUGAGGUGCCCGACAUUUACUCAUCACCACUCAUACCGAAAAUGAUGCCAUCACUGCGACACACCAAGAGUGAGGAGCACUUGGAAGGUGCUUGCAGUCAUCCGCACCAAUUGCAUCAGCGCAAUCACAAUCAUGUGAGCUGCAGUCGUACUUCGAGUUGUAGCUCACAUGGUGGCGCUGCUGCAGUAAACGCUUCAAACUCCAGUUCCAGUUGCCGCCGUAAAAAGGAGAAAUUGCUUUCGGAGUCGUCGUCGUCGGUAGCAUCGGAUGCGCAAACUUCAACUGCCGCUGGCGGCGAUGGUGCGCAUGUAUGCAAUGCACAACAAGCAAUGGGUGCCACAAUGGGUGGCCUACAUUUGACAGAGGAUGAUGUGUGGUCACAGGAGGAUGACGAGAUCACCGCACAAUAUAUGCAUUUGCGAAAACUGAGUGAACGUGAUGCCAUAUCACAAAUGUCGCUGGACUCGUGCGAUUCGAGAGAUCAAGGUAUGCCCGUGCUCUUUAAUAUUGGCGAUGUGCGCACACGCCACUGCAAUAAUCUAACCUGCGAGAACACAAAAUCAUUCAAUAAUGAUCCGGAAGAUCCAUCAGCGGCUGCUCUGAAGGAACCCUGGCAUGAAAAGGAGCAACAGAUACGCGAGUCAUCGCCUUAUGGACAUCUCUCCAAUUGGCGUUUGCUGUCGGUUAUAGUCAAAUGUGGCGACGAUUUGCGUCAGGAGCUUAUGGCAACACAGCUUUUGCAGAUGUUCAAAAUCAUUUGGCAAGAGGAACAUGUCGAUCUCUGGGUGCGUCCGUAUAAAAUCGUUUGCUUAUCAAAUGACAGCGGUCUCAUCGAACCAAUCCUCAAUACUGUAUCGUUACAUCAAAUCAAAAAGAAUUCAAAUAAAUCAUUACGCGACUAUUUCAUCGAUGAGUAUGGCUCGCCAGAUGGCGAACUAUUCCGUACAGCGCAGAAGAAUUUUGUACAGAGUUGUGCAGCUUACUGUCUGAUAUCGUAUUUAUUGCAAGUGAAAGACCGGCAUAAUGGCAAUAUUUUACUGCAUUCAGAUGGGCAUAUUAUACAUAUUGACUUUGGUUUUAUACUAAGCAUAUCGCCAAAGAAUUUGGGUUUCGAACAAUCACCAUUUAAGUUAACACCCGAAUUCGUUGACGUCAUGGGUGGCACAAACUCCGAACUAUGGAAGGAGUUUAAUCAUCUAUUGCUGGUCGGCAUGAUGACGGCACGCAAACAUAUGGAUCGAAUUAUUAAUUUUGUGGAAAUAAUGCGAAGCAAUGCACAAUUGCCCUGCUUCAAAAAUGGUUGCUCUGGCACUGUACAGAAUCUCCGUAAACGUUUCCAUAUGAAUUUAACCGAACAGGAAAUGGAGCGUAAAGUCGAACAACUCGUACAGGAUUCGUUGAAGAGUCUCUCCACAAAAUUAUACGAUGGCUAUCAAUAUUAUACGAAUGGUAUAUUGUGA